AUGCAGCAAGGAGUUUUGACGCUUCGUCUCGGACAACACGGGAUCUUUGUGAUCAACAAGCAAGCUCCAAACAGGCAAAUUUGGCUUUCUUCCCCACAAAGUGGUCCAGCACGCUUUGACUGGUUACCAGGCCAGGGUUGGGUGUACCGCCGCACAGGAACAGAGCUCAUGUCUCUCUUGCAGACGGACCCCCACUGCCCCCUUCCCUGCUUCGCCGUGCGAAUCCCCUUCCCUUUCCCACUUUUCUCUCUCCAGCUUCCCUCCACACUCCCCCUCUCGCGCCGCUUUGUCCUUCCAUCGCUUCCAUCUGGGCCUCCAUCCUUCCCUCCCUCCCUCUCCCUGUGUCUCCAUCCCUUUCUUCCAUUCCCCGUUCGUUAUUUUUCUACUUGCCCUCUGACUCCCCUCUCCUGCCAUUUCCCAUCUGUCUUUCAGCAUUCCCUUUCCCUGUCCCUUCCUUCUUCCCUGCACACCUUUUCCCCUAUUUGUCCGUUUUUCCUAAUCCUAUUAAUCCCUCCCCCGCUCCACCUCUUACUUAUCUUCCUCAUCUUACCCAUCCCGCCCACCCUUCCCCUCGUCCUCUCUCCAUCGCCCUCUAUUCUUUUCCCCUAUAACUGCCCCUUUUCCCUUCCACUACCACCCUUGUUUUCCCUCCUUUGGUCCUCCUCCCAUCACUCGUCUCGUUUCACCCGCUUCUCCUCAUCUCGUCCAUUCUACUUUUGCACCCCUGUUUGCUUCUUCCUGCAUUCACAGCCUCCCAAAAUUUUCUAG